AUGCUCGCUCCCGUCCACGCCUCCCCUUCACCCCUCCUCUCCGCAUCUGCCCUCCCAGACACGUGCGAGGUGAAGGCGUGUGUGGAUGGCACGUGCACCCAGGACGUCAACGGAACGGCAUCCUGCCAUUGUGACGCUGACGCUGGCCUCGUGCUGCUGGAUGACGAGAGGACGUGCGAAGAUGUGUGCAUUAUCAAGGACUGUGAAGGCAGUGAUGCCAACUCCACGUGUGUCAAGAAUGGCACCGUUGCAACCUGUGUCUGCAAGACUGGAUUCGAGCUGUUUGAGGGCAAAUGCAUUGUUGGCCUUUUGCUUAAUCUCCUUCACCCCUCUUUCCACAUCCCCUCCGCCCCUGCCCUCCCAGACACGUGCGAAGUGAAGGCGUGUGUGGAUGGCACGUGCACCCAGGACGUCAACGGAACGGCAUCCUGCCAUUGUGACGCCGAUGCUGGCCUUGUGCUACUGGAUGACGAGAGGACAUGCGAAGACACGUGCGAGGUGAAGGCGUGUGUGGAUGGCACGUGCACCAAGGACGUCAACGGAACGGCGUCCUGCCAUUGUGACGCCGACGCUGGCUUCGUGCUGCUAGAUGACGAGAGGACGUGCAAAGACGUGUGCCUCAUCGAGGACUGUGAGGGCAAGGACGCCAAGUCCAUGUGUGUGAGGAAUCGGGACGUGGCUCACUGUGAAUGCGUGCUCAACUAUGAGCUGUUCCGGGGCAUUCGUCCACAUUUUACUGCUCUCUCAAACUACCUUUCGCUUACGCCUCUCCACCCCUCCGUCCACAUCCCCUCUGCCCCUGCCCUCCCAGACACGUGCGAGGUGAAGGCAUGUGUGAAUGGCCUGUGCCGCCAGGACAGCAGCACUGGAGCGGUAUCCUGCCAUUGUGACGCCGACGCUGGCUACGUGCUGCUGGAUGAUGAGAGGACGUGCAAAGAUGUGUGCAUUAUCAAGGACUGUGAAGGCAGUGAUUUCAACUCCACGUGUGUCAAGAAUGGCACCGAUGCAACCUGUAUCUGCAAGACUGGGUUCAAGCUGUUUGAGGGCAAAUGCAUUGGUAUGCCUGCCCUUCCUGCCACCACCCCUCCCCUCUCCCCUAUACCUGCCAGCUCAGGGGCUGGUAGUUCAUAA